GAAGCCCUCCUGUGCUGUCGAUCGUGUGUCCGUCACGUCUGCUCCUCGGAGUCCUUCCCGUCCUCCCAUAGCGCCCGUCCGGCCCUCGGGCUCCGCGACGGCGGAGGGUUUGCCAGGGCUGCUGCGUCUCGGCGGUCGAGAAUGAAUCAACCGGCCGGAAAGAACAAUGCCACGCAAAAGGGACGCACAGGUCAAAGCUCUCCUGAGAAGGACUGUCAGCUCAGACAGAAGCAGCUGCAACAGAUAGAGCGGCAGCUAAAAUGCUUGGAGUUUCAAAACCCUGGACCACAAGUAGCAGACUUUAAUCCUGAAACAAGGGAGCAGAUAAAGAAAGCUCGGAUGUCAAAGAUGAAUGAGUACUUUUCUGUAAAAUACAAAGUCAGGAAGAAGUACGACAAAAGCGGCCGGCUGAUCUGCAACGAGGCCGACCUGUGUGACUGCUUGGAGAAGAACUGUCUGGGCUGCUUCUACCCGUGCCCCAAGUGCAACUCCAACAAGUGCGGGCCCGAGUGCCGGUGCAACCGUCGGUGGGUCUACGACGCCAUUGUCACCGAGUCCGGGGACGUGAUCAACUCGCUGCCCUACGACAUUCCUGACUAGGAGCUGUCCCCUGAGGCUUUCUUCCUCCUCCUCCUCCUCCUCCUCCUUCUUUUUCUUCUCCUUUUUCUUCUUUUUUAAAUUUGUUAAAUGUUCAUUUCUUUUUGAAAGGGCGAGAGGUGUCUUUCAACCCAGACCCUGAAGCAGGGCUCGAACUCACACACUAUGAGAUCAUGGUUGGAUGCUUAAGGGACUGAGCCACCCAAGUGCCCCUUUUGUUUCUUCUUGACAGCGAAGCCAACCUUUUUCUCGUGGGCAGAUUUUAGGGCUUGGGGGAGAUGUUGGGAGAACAAAAUGAAGACCCGUGUUCUCUGAAGCUGGAGAACCAUGUAGAAUGGGCAGUGACUCUGUCACUGCGUCUUCUCAAAUGCCUUCACUGGUGGCCAAAGGGCGAUAGUGCAAGGCCUCAGCAUCGCCUGACCCGAACACCUUUGUCUCUGCCCUCAAGUCACAAAAACGUCUUUUGUCUUUGCUGGUACCUGACAAGAUGUAGUUUUGAGAUGUUCAGAAUUCUGGAGCUGAGAACUCUCCUUCCAUAGAACGGAAAAUCCUAAGUUCGUGAGACGUGGCUGCCCUUCCAGCCUUGCACACCACGAGUUCCAAGUCAGACUGCUUCGUGAAUGAAAACUACACCCCCACCUCGCGCCUUUGCACUGUAUGCCCAUUGUCUUCAUUUUUAUUGCUACUGUGCUGAUAACAUCAAAAAUAAAUUUUAUAAUA